AUGCCAGGAUCCGAGAAGCUGUGUGGGAAUCUGGGCACCUUCUCGCCUUUCCUGUGCCUCUUGGAUCAUGAGGUGUUCUCCAAAAUCUUCAGCCAUGAAGCUCUGGAAAGCUACCUGCCCAAGAUCCGGCUGGUGAUCCAGGAGACCCUGAGGGCCUGGGGCAGGAACCCCGACCCCAUCAACGUCUACCACGAAGCCCAGAAGCUCACCUUCCACAUGGCCAUCCGGGUCCUUCUGGGGUUCCGAAUCCCAGACGGGGAGCUCGGCCAGAUGUUCGAAGUCUACCAGCAGUUCGUGGAGAACGUCUUCUCCUUACCUGUGGACCUGCCCUUCAGCGGCUACCGUAAGGGGAUUCGUGCCAGGGAGAUCUUGCAGAAGGGCUUAGAAAAAGCCAUCCGGGAGAAGCUGCAGAACGCCCACGACAAAGACUACCUGGAUGCUCUGGACCUCCUGAUCGAGAGCGGCAAAGAACACGGCAAAGAACUCACCAUGCAGGAGCUGAAGGAUGGCACCCUGGAGCUGAUCUUCGCUGCUUAUGCCACCACCGCCAGUGCCAGCACCUCUCUGGUUAUGCAGCUGCUGAAGCAGCCGGCGGUCCUGGAGAAACUCCACGAAGAGCUGAGGAACAAGGGCCUCCUGCACAACGGCUGCCUCUGCGAGGGGGCCCUUCGGCUGGAGACCAUCCACGGCCUCCGCUACCUGGACUGCGUCAUCAAGGAGGUGCUCCGGCUUUUCACCCCCAUUUCGGGGGGCUACCGGACGGUGCUGCAGACCUUUGAGCUGGAUGGCUUCCAGAUCCCCAAAGGGUGGAGCAUCAUGUACAGCAUCCGAGACACUCACGACACGGCGCCCGUCUUCAAAGACGUGGACGCCUUCGACCCCGACCGCUUCAGCCAGGAGCGCAGCGAAGACAAGGAUGGCCGCUUCCACUACCUGCCCUUCGGCGGAGGGGUUCGGACCUGUCUGGGGAAGCACCUGGCCAAGCUCUUCCUCAAAGUGCUGGCCAUCGAGCUGGCCAGCACGAGCCGAUUCGAACUGGCCACCAGGACUUUCCCUCCGGUGACUCUGGUGCCGGUGGUCCACCCGGUCGAUGGACUCAAGGUCAAGUUCUUCGGCCUGGAUUCCAACCAGAACGAGAUCUUGACAGAGAGAGAGGCCCUGCUGGGGGCCACCGUGUAGGCCGAGGGCUUCUCUGGGCUGGCCAGGUGGAAGGGACCGGAGCGGAGAGGGGGAAGGAAGAAGCUCGGCCCACCGCGCGCGAGGGAGGAGGCCGGACCUCGGUGGACACAUUUGGCAAAGUCGCCUCCAGGGAACAGGCCAAAAACUGUGCGGGUGUUUUACUCUGGGGGCGAACAGCGGAUUUCUCCCUCGCGGCUUCUCUUCGGUUUGUGUUUGAACACCGGCGAGAAGCGAAUUGUGUUGACCAUAAUCAGCGUAUGUAUGUAUGUGUGUGUGUAUGUAUGUAUGUAUAUACACGUACUUCCAAGGGUUAAUCAGGCAGUGCCAUCCCACGGCAGUUGGGGACUCUUCUUGUCUUUGCCAUCCAAAAUGGCCGAGGGAAUCCCCAGAGGGCCCCCCCGGGGGGGGGGAGAGGAGGGUGGGAAGGAGCCCUCCAGGCGGGCAUGCUUGGGCUCAGGCAUAAGGGCAGCACCCAGGAAGGGAGGGGACCAGGAAGAUGGCUGGGGAUGGAAUCCCCACGUUUUUGGCAGGGCAGGAGACUCGAGGCACUUUGGCAAAGCUUUGAGGUGGGGCCUGGGGUCUGCACAGCUGCCCUCAAAGCUCAGAGGAGUCUCAGCUUCUCUUGGGUCGUCUUCUUGGUGGCCCCCACCCCAGGCUCAGCCCCAUCUUCCUGAGGAGCCCACGCCUGAUCCAAGGAGGUCACGGGAGGCUGUCAGCUUCCUUGCUCCCCUUGUCUCCCUGCAAGCCCCCCUCCACAGUGAGGGAGGCCUUGGGCUCCCUCCCCAGAGAGACUUGAAGGCCUUCUUGGAGUCUUCUCAAUCCCAAGACCGGGAAUUUUUCCUUUGCCACAAGAGGCUCCGGAAGAUUUUUGACAAGGGAGUUUUAUAUCCAGCCAUCUCUGUCCCGGAGGGGCCCUUGGUGGUCUCUGAGGUGGGUCGUUUCCUUGGAGGCGUUUCAUCGCCUAACUAGGUAACAUCAUCUGUGCUAGUGGGAAGUGGGGUUCGCUCGUAAACGCUCUCUCUACCAGCACUGAUGAUGUUACCUAGUGAGGUAAAAUGAACCAAGGACUCCUCAUUUCAACCCCCAGCUGCAAAUAUUCUCCUUGAUCGGUCUAUCCAUAUACAUGCAUGCAUUUUAUUUACUCCGGGAUAACUCCUGUUUGAUUGACCGCUCCUAGCUAAUAUAAGUUGACUAAAAAUAAAAUGAAAUGAAAUAUUAAAAUGUUACUGCAGUGGAUUUGCAGAAUGAAGCACUUUCGAGACUCAGAAUCUGUGUUUGUCUUGCGUUUCUUUUGAUGGCUUAGCGUAGUUCCUGUUGGCGCGAUUAUUUUAUACAAGAAAAGUGGUGGGUUCAUUUUUGUCUGAGUUUAUAAACUAUAAGUAUUAUUUUUGUUAUUAAGUCAGAAUGGAUAUUUAGUAUAAUAAUGUUGCUGUCUCAAAUGUGUGUUAUUUAGUAAAAUAUGAAUGAUUCCACCGCUUUGCUUUUUUCUUUCAUUCUUUAUGGCAGUGGUUCCCAA